AUGACGGAAACGGUUGCAGAACAAGAAAAGCAAAGAAAUGCUAAGUUGCAAAAGCAUGAAACAACAAAAGAUGAGCAAGCGGAAAAGAAAGGAGGAGAAUUUGAAUUAGGAGCCCAUAAAAUUAGCUCAUCAUUGUCGCUGGAACAAAGUGGUGUAGUCAAUAAUGAUAAUGUUCAAACCGUUGAUGAUUUCAAGAAUCUCAUGUAUAAGAUGCAAGAAACACGACGUGCGAUAGUUUUUGCAUUGUUAAAUGAGAAGGAUUUGGAGAAAGAUGAUGUUGAAAUAUUAAAACGAGCAUAUGAAAGGCUAACUGACAGUCAAACUCAUUCGUUCCAACGUGAAAUGUAUUCACUUACAACAAAAUUGAGUGUGAAUAUCAGCGAUGAAACGAGAGGUCUUGAAAAAGACUUAAAAUAUCUCGAUACAUUGAUGGAUAUUCGAAGAGAAGAGCCAGGUUUGUCAUGGCCAGUCAUAAUGUCUCGAAUUGAUUUAGUUUCAAUUCUUGCAAAUUACCAUCCGGAGAGCAAAGAAAAAUUUGUUGAAGAAUACGAAGAUACUGUGAAAUUCCUUCGCAUAUUUCUUAGUGCAGAAGCAACUACCGAUAAGAAACCAAUAUUUGUGACGGAUUGGGAUGGUACAAUGAAAGACUAUUGUUCACAGUAUGCAACGAAUCUUCAGCCUGUGUACAGUGCAGUUGGAAUGACUCGAUUCGCAGCCUGUUUUACUCGUAUAAGCGCGGUAUUAACAGCAGGUCCGUUACGUGGUCCAGGUAUACUCGAUUUGACAGCUAUGCCAAUUGAUGGUCCUGUAAUGUUCAGCGGUUCAUGGGGUCGUGAAUGGUGGCUUUCUGGAAAACGUGUUGUCCAUGAAGAUGGCAUUACGGAUGAAGGUUUCAAUGCAUUGCAGCGUUUGGACGAUGAAAUGAAAGAUUUACUGCAUUCCUCGGAUUACGCAACAUUUGCACUUGUGGGAAGUGGCGUGCAACGAAAAGUAGAUCGAUUAACAUUAGGCGUCCAAACUGUUUUCCAUCAUGUAACUUCCGAAUUGUCCAACAAAUAUCAGAUGGCUGUGAAGGAACGAAUGCAUCGUGUGGAUCCUAAUAGUCAGGUUUUGGUAUUUGAUCCGUCCACAGAACUAGAAGUUGAAGUGGUUGCGCACAGUUCGGGAAUCAUAUGGAACAAAGCCAAUGGAGUAGAUCGUUUAAUAAAAAGUUUGGGUGAUUCACUGAAGGCACCGGGAAAGAUUUUGAUUUGCGGCGACACUUUAUCUGAUAUUCCUAUGGUUAGACAAGCAGCGAAAGAAAAUCCGGAUGGUGUAUUGACGAUAUUUGUUGGUGCGAAAAUGUCAUUACGUGAAGAAGUGAAACAGGUCGUUGGUGACGAGAGUCGUUGUUGUUUUGUGUCAUGUCCAGAUGUCAUACAUGCGGCGAUGUCACAAAUUCUGAAUGAACAGUGUAUCGGGAAAUGA